GCCGAUUACCAGCCGUCAGAACUGUGUAUCAAAGAGAAAGUUGUUUUGCAACUAGUCUAGUUAUCCGUUCCGAGUGGUUGCCGAACAGUCAUUCCACGCUGGCAACAUAUAGCGGAAGUUACGCUACACAGAAAGGAGUGUGCAAAUUCAACAUACCGCAGAAAAAUGUGCUAAAGUGAACCGCGAGGGACAAAUCCAAGGUCUACCAGGAUAGAGAGAACAGUGAUAUUUGCAUACCUGCUGACGGGAUAAUAUUUGCGCAGCAAUGGGUGGUCCACUAUCUGAGGAGGAGUUGUCAUUGUACGAUCCUGCACUUCUGCUGAGCCUAGAUUUCUUUCGUUCACCGGCCAAUUUUAAUCCUCGUAUUUCGGCCGCUGUGCCUGGUGAGAGUUGGUUGAAAGUGAGACCUCUUCAGUCGGGCGAUUUUCACCGUGGUUUCUUACAAAUUCUAUCUCAGCUGACAAAAGUUGGCGAUGUUUCGCUAACACAAUUCCUCAAUCGUUUUGCCCAAAUGCGUGCAAGUGGUGACUACUAUGUAACUGUGAUUGUCGAUACGCGUUACGACAAAAUCAUUGGCAGUGCUACUUUGGUAUUGGAACGUAAAUUUAUUCAUGGUUGCGCCACCAGGGGCAGACUCGAGGAUGUAGUCGUCGACGAUACAUACCGUGGCAAGCAGCUCGGAAAACUAAUCGUUGUUACCGUAAAUCUGCUGGCAGAACAUUUGGGUUGUUACAAAAUGUCACUGGAUUGCAAAGAUAAGCUGAUUCCUUUCUACAAAUCGAUUGGCUAUACCCUGGAGCAGGGCAAUGCUAAUACGAUGAACAUUCGCUACGAGACGACCGCUAGAAAUAUCAACCGUAACGUAGUAGGCAGCAAACCGGAAAAUACAGAACCAUCAUGACAAUUAGCCACCAGUGCUGCUACCCUUAGUAAAUCCAAGCUCUAGACCGCAAGUCGAGUUAGACGGUAUGACGACAUUUGCUAAACGUAGUUAUGCGUCUUCGUCUCCAUAUUCGACCAUCUGCCUAGCUUAUACCACGCAAAAUCAUACAUUGGUUUUCAUUUUGCAAUUGGAUUUACUUUAUUCUCGGGGGAGUUUUAUGCUCUUAAAGCAUUUGCCUUAAUUGAUGUGGUUACAACUAUCACGAAAGUUAAAGCAUUUUUUACGAGCGUAUACCCCUGUGGCAGCAUCUGGUACAAAAGAUGAUAUAUUGCACCGUUUUAAAAUCUUUAAGUAUAAAUUGAUUUUCUAUCAUUUUUAUCUAUUCUAUUUCUAUUUGGUGGUUGUGCUUGUAUUCAAAUAAUGGGAAAUAAAAUAGCUUCAAAGAAAUUAAAA